AUGAGUGGAUAUUAUGCAAAUCCUAAAUUAAGUGAUUUGAUAACAGAAACAUUGCAAACUAAAGAAUGGUUAAAAGAUUUGUUCAUAUUAAAAAAUUUAACAAAAUAUGCUGAUAAUCCAGAUUUCAAGAAAAAAUGGAAAGCUAUCAAACAUUCAAAUAAGGUGCGUUUGGCUGACUAUAUUAAAACACAUACUAAUAUAAUAGUAAACCCAAAUGCCUUAUUUGAUGUUCAAGUAAAAAGAAUUCAUGAAUAUAAAAGACAAUUUAUGAAUAUUUUGGGUGUUAUUCAUCGUUAUAAUGCUUUGAAAAAAUUGAGUGCUGAUGAAAUUUCAAAUAUUGUCCACCGUGUUGUUAUAUUUGGUGGUAAAGCUGCUCCUGGUUAUUAUAUUGCUAAAUUAGUAAUAAAAUUGAUAAACAGUGUUGCAGAAGUUGUUAAUAAUGAUGAAAGUAUUUAUGAUUCUUUGAAAGUUGUUUUUAUACCAGAUUACAAUGUAUCAGUUGCAGAAAUUAUUAUUCCAGCUUCAGACAUUUCACAACAUAUUUCAACAGCUGGUACAGAAGCUUCUGGUACAAGUAAUAUGAAAUUUGUGUUGAAUGGUGGUUUGAUCCUUGGAACAGUUGAUGGUGCUAAUAUUGAAAUUCACCAAGAAAUUGGCGAUGAAAAUAUUUUCAUGUUUGGAAAUUUGGCUGAUGCUGUUGAUGAUUUAAGACAUGCUCAUAGAUAUCGAAAUGUCGAGAUGGAUCCAAAACUAAAAGAAGUUUUAACAAGUAUCGAAUCUGGACAAUUUGGUGAUCCAAGAAUAUUUUCUCCGUUAAUCAAUACAUUAACAAUAGGCAAAGAUUAUUAUUUAAUUUCCGAUGAUUUUGGAUCAUAUCUUCGAUCACAACAAAUGAUUGAUGAAGCUUAUAAAGAUCAAGAUGAAUGGAUAAAGAAAAGUAUUUUUUGUACUGCUCUUAUGGGCAAAUUUUCUUCUGAUCGUGCUAUUCAAGAAUAUGCAGAUAGUAUUUGGAAUGUUGAACCAGUUAAAGUCGUUUAA